UUCCGUCAGUGUUGUUAUUAGUGAAGAGUGCACAUGGAUUGAGCGACGGCGAGUGGGAAGGGAUACGCAUUGCGCUGCUACAGAUCCUUGCAAGGAAUUUUCUAGUUUCUUUUAUUCGCGUUAUGAGUUUGGACACGUUACUAGAAGCCGCCAAGUUCGUAGAAUCUUCUUCUCGAGGAUCAUCUAAGGACGAUUCGGCAAUCGCACGUGUUCACUCUCCCUCUGUUCACACCGAAAGGAGAAGAGCUAUUUCGGAAUGCGAGCCCCUUGAAAGACGACGAAGACCUGGAGGGGCCGGGACUAGAGAAACGCACAACAAACUAGAGAAAAACAGACGUGCGCACUUGAAAGAAUGCUUCGAUAUCUUGAAAAAAGAAGUCCCUUCACUGGAAGAUAAGAAAACAUCAAACCUAAACAUCUUGCGAAGUGCGCUCAAGCACAUACAGACCUUGAAGAAGCGCGAACGUGAUUUUGAAGCAGAGAGAGACCUCCUUAAAGUCAGCAACAGCACCAGCAAGCAGCGAUUGUUGGCACUGAAGAACGAGUUGAUCCUUCAACAGGAACUUUUUAAGGCUUCCUCGCAAGGAGGCAAUAAUUCCAAGGCUUGUCAGCCUCUCAAUGAGACAACGUCUGUCCAGACCGAGGUAAAAGUGAAAAGCGAAGAAAAGCUGGCUUCGCCAGUUUCCGUUGCAACUCAGACCUCGUUCACUUCUGGUGAAGAAUCUGAUGUAGAUGGCACCAAAGUGAAUAUGGAAGGUGUCACCAACGGGAAGUUGGAACACUCCAACGUAGAGAAGCACGAGAAGGAAGCCUCUGAGGACGACGAGGAUGAAGACGUAGACGUGGAAGGAGAAAUCACAGACGACAACAUUGAGGAUGUGGAUGCCUCGGCGGCGGUGAAGGCGGAGGUCGUGAAGUUACCAGAGCCUGUGGGUCCUUGUGGAAAAGUCUCUUCAUCCAAAAGGAAAGCAGCAGCUGGAGAUGAUGGAAAUAAAUUGGAGGCCAAAAAGACCAACAUCAAAUGCUGCGCACGUGUCAGCUGUUAAGCACGACACGUGACAAUUAUUUGAUAAGGUCAUGGCCAAUCUCACUGUUGUGUCGUUCAGUGACCAGAUCUUUCAUACCAUGUAUGGCUUCUAGGGGGGAGUGUGGUUAGUGAACAGAUCUGCAAUGCAGAUCGAGAGGUUGUAAUUUAAAUAUUUCCUUAGCUAGGUAUUAGGGUUUUCUGUUUUGUACGUGAAGUUUUAUUUUAGGUUCCCUCUUAGCCCGCUUAGCCUGAGCUUUGAUAGCCAAGCGUGAGAAGUCGGUGGCGGGUUGAAACACAAACACGCGCGUUGUUUCAAAUCAUUGGCAUCCGCCAACUUCAUGCAUUUUAGUGCUUGCUCAUUUGUAGCCGUCUGGCAGGUUCCUUAAAUGUCACCUGCGAGGGAGGGGAACAGCUACAAAUGGCAGAGGGGUGUUGUUAUCUUUUCGAAAAUAGGGUAUUACAUUGGCUCCAAGCUACUUGGACCGAAAAAAAAAAUGAAUGUUUGGUUUUAGUCUAGUUAAUCAAAGUAACGGCUCUUUAGCAUGGCUGAAAGACAGUGUUACAAUUUGAUUAAAUGUUGUCUUAGAGGCGUUGCAAAGCAACGCGUUGUAACUUUUAUAACUUCAUACAGCUGUAAUGCGGGUAAAAAAAAAACUCUCAGUUUCUCGACUGCUCGCACUUGAGUUUGACUAAAUGGCCCUCAUCUUUCCCCUUCGAUUUGGUCAUUUUCAAGAUAUGUUUACGCCUCGUGUGUCAGUGUUAAGUGUAUUUAAGGUGCUUUAAAGGGAAAAGAAAAGAACUUCCCCUAAACGAUUGUUCAAACGACUGAAAAAUUUCAUUCAAAAUCAUAAUUAUUAUAAUGAUCUUUGUGCAAGGUGCGUUCGUCACGGACGACCCUUGGCGUGGUGUUAUUUUCUCUAACGUACUUGGCAGUGCUCAGUGUAUAUCUUUUUCUGAUCACAUUGGGUCGUUUAGAAAUGUCGUUCAUUCUCGUCGCAAUAUUACUAUGACAAUGGUUUGGAACAAAUCCAAACCAAAAAACGAAGUAUUCGGUACAAACCCAGAAGUGAGAAACAGUUGCUGGGAUUUACAUGUAACACGAAUGACGUCGACCUUUACACCCCUCUUAUUUUAGGACGAAAGAUACUGAGUUUUACUUCAAAAGUGUUGUUUAGUAAGAUCAUGCAAAUUUAGGCUACGCCAAGAACUCUCUUGUACGGUAGACAGCACAACUGUGUUUUCUGUUUUAAACUUUUGUGGGAAAGCUAUAUAUGAAAACAUGGCUUAAAAUUCACAAAGUACAAGUUUAAUCUGUGAUGUCUGAUCAUAAUUCCGCCGGAAUUUGAUAUAAAAGGAAAACUCCCAAACACUGCUUCAUAAUGUGAUGGAGUAUCGUUCUGUGCAUGACAAUUUCAACGUUCUUGAGCAGUGCCUUAAUUAAGUACCGUUUAUCAUAGAGGACAGAGUAAUUGAAAUGGUUCGUUCCUUAUAUGUGCUCUGUGUGACUAAGUUCAAAACUUAGAAACUCCAGAAAACCUUUUGGAGCAACUAAAGUAGAUGUUUGUGUGGUGCUGUUUGUUUUAGUCUGUCGAUGUUUUU